AUGGGUCUGUGUUUUGCGCCGGCUGCGAAUGCCUCCACCACGCGCCUUCAAUCCGACGAGAAUGAGUCCCCGCAGAAGACAUGUAUCGCCGCCGUCGUCGCGACGGCGAAUGGGCCGGUGCACGCGGGCCUGGCGGCGGUGCGGUGCGGUGAAGUGGACGACGCGCCAGGGGGCUGUGUGGAACUUCCCGCGCGCGCCUCACCUCGAUCAGGGACGGAGGCCCAUGGCAAAUCCGGCGGCCGCGGUGCCGGGACCCAGUGCCUCGCAAAGGGGGAGCCAAGGACCGGCGGGCAGUCCCUCCUACUCGUUGUUGGCCCCCCGGUGGCGGCAGUUGGGCUUUUUUGGGCGCCGCCGUGCGCAGGGGGCCCGGGGCAAGUGCAGUGGGCUUCCCGCCCAACAGCUGCGCGCGCCGAAGUGCGGCGGCACCUCUCGCGCUGA